CACGGCGUCAGUCACUGUCUGGAACUCAGACCCUUCAUCUCACCCAUCCUUCUGCUUCAGCUGCUUCUGCUGUACAUUCACGAGCACAUAUAGAUACAAAAUGUCUGUAUGUAUGUCCAAAAAUCAAGCUCACAAUCUACAUUUGAGCUGAAAACUCGUCACGGCAAUGAUAUGAACGGUUGCCUGAAGAAGCUAUCGGCCGGCCAGCUUUAGACUCCACCGUCUUCUUCCUCUUCUUCAUCCUUCUUCAGUAUUUGAGAGUGUAUUAUCAGUGAAAAUGGGAGUUAACAACAUGUUUGGUCUUUCAAAAAGGCGGACAAAGCUCGGGAGAUUGAAAGUUCAACUAUCAGAUGCUGCUCAGGGAACUAAAAGCCCCAUCAGGAACCCUAAACGUCUUAGCAGCCCAAGGGGUGAAGCUGUGGGAAACAGCAUAAAUGAAUCCGAUGAUAGUGGCUGCCACCAUUCCACUGGUGUAUCAGAGUUUAAUGAUGGCGCUUCAGGGAGCUCUGAGAAUUGGAUGGUCCUUUCUAUCUCUGGAGAGAAGCCUAUACCUCGGUUCAAUCACAGUGCAGCUGUUAUUGGGAACAAAAUGGUAGUAGUUGGUGGUGAAUCUGGGAGUGGACUAUUAGAAGAUGUGCAGGUGUUAAACUUUGAUAGAUUCUCCUGGACCACAAUGUCAUCAAAGCUUUUUCUUUCACCAACCAAUCUCCCGCUGAAAAUCCCGGCAUGCAAGGGCCAUUCUCUUGUUCCCUGGGGGAAGAAAGUGCUUCUGGUUGGAGGGAAAACUGACCCUGCAUGUGACAAAGUUUCAGUGUGGGCAUUUGACACUGAAACUGAAUGCUGGUCACUUAUGGAAUCUAAGGGUGAUGUGCCGCUUGCGCGCAGUGGUCAUACAGUGGUCAGAGCAAGUUCGGUUUUGAUAUUGUUUGGGGGUGAAGACAGUAAGAGGAGGAAACUGAAUGAUCUAUAUAUGUUUGAUCUAAAAUCUUUGACGUGGCUUCCACUCCAUUGCACGGGAGCAGUUCCUCCAGCAAGAUCUAACCAUGUUAUCACUCUAUAUGAUGAUAAGCUGCUUUUGGUUUUUGGCGGAACAUCAAAAUCUAGAACAUUGAAUGAUUUGCAUUCACUCGACUUUGAGACGAUGGUGUGGUCAAGAGUUAAAGUACGCGGAUUCCACCCAUCACCAAGAGCUGGUUGUUGUGGAGUUCUAUGUGGAACUAAAUGGUAUAUUGCUGGAGGAGGUAGCAAGAAGAAGCGUCAUGCUGAGACUUUGAUUUUUGAUGUUCUAAAGCUUGAAUGGUCUGUUGUUGUUGCAUCACUUCCAUCAUCUAUCAUCACCAACAAGGGUUUCAGCCUAGUACUGGUGCAGCACAAGGAAAGGGAUUUCCUUGUAGCCUUUGGUGGUUUCAGGAAGGAACCUUCUAAUCAGGUUGAAGUGCUAAUGAUUGAAAAGAACGAAUCUUCAAUGGGGCGGAAAUCAGCAUUAAGUAAAGUUGCUGGAAAUUUGCAUUUUGGAAACCGCCUUUCCUCCAUUUUGUCUGCUACUCAACCAUGUAAUAAUGUAUCUAAAAGCAAUUGUGAAACAGCUUCUAAACGGCAUCCAACAUCUGCAGCUGAACAUGGUGGCUCUGGUAGAAAGUCACUGUCAGAGUCUUUGCUCAGUGACCCGAAUUCUGUUUCGGGCAACGUUUCACUUCGCAAGCAGUUUUACAAUGAGGGAGAAACCAGCUUGAAGAUUCCAAAGAGCUCAGAGAAUGAAAGUUCUUUACAGGUAAUAAUAGAGCGUGAAACAAGUGAACUUGACAAAGGACUUGAACGGUUCGAUGGGGAAACUGUUUCUGAAGAAGUUCCCACUGUACCCAAAUCCACUGGGGGAGAUAUGGUUACUCACAGAAAGCAAGGGAGCACAAACUUUCCACUAGACAGCGACGGUAUUGUCUUUCAAGAAGGUGAUGACAAAGUCAGGGUAUCAGAUCCAAUCGGUCUCUAUCAAUCAUUUGAAGCAAAACUAACAGCCUUGUUGAGGAAGAACGGACUUCUUGAAUCACAGCUGGCAGCAGCAUUGGCCAGUCGUGAAGCGGCAGAUAAGAGUUUCUCCUCUGCCCUUGAGAGUAAACUGGAGAUAGAGAGAAAGCUCGCAGAUGCUACUAAGGAGAUAGAGUUGCUGAAAGAGAAGCUGGCGGGUGUAGAAUCUGCACAGGAAGAGUCUAACAGCUUGUCCAAUAUUGUUCACUCUGAUAAUGUUAGGCUGGAGCAUGAUGUUGCUUUUCUCAAGGCAGUUUUAGAUGAUACUCAAAAGGAACUGCAUUCAACUAGGGGAGUUCUUGCUGGUGAGAGGGCCAGAGCUUUCCAACUACAGGUCGAAGUAUUCCAUCUAAAACAAAGAUUGCAAUCCUUAGAGAACCGAACUCCAACUCCUCGGAAACAAUUCCAUGUCUAGAGUAUAUUAUAUAGAUAAUUAGAUAUUAGACUUCUUUGUAUAUUAAUGUAAUCUUUAUGUAAUGUAGUGUAUAAUUAUGUUUGUGAAAUACGUAGUAUAACUAUUCACAUCUUUUGCUUUUGUAGUUCGAUGACAAUCAGUGAGUAAUAUGCUUCUGGUUAUAACAAAAACCACAUCGUCCCAAAAUGAAGACUCGUUUGAGGAACUAACAUGCUUUUGGGCUUCACUCUUUAGGUUGUACGAACCUUUAUUUAACACUCCUUU